AUGUCUGGAAGAGGAAAAGGCGGUAAAGGACUCGGUAAAGGAGGCGCUAAGCGUCAUCGCAAGGUUUUGCGUGAUAACAUCCAGGGAAUCACCAAACCCGCCAUCCGUCGUCUCGCUCGUCGUGGUGGAGUCAAGCGAAUCUCCGGUCUGAUCUAUGAGGAGACUCGCGGUGUGUUGAAGGUGUUUUUGGAGAACGUUAUUCGUGACGCCGUCACCUACACUGAACACGCCAAGAGAAAGACCGUCACCGCCAUGGAUGUCGUCUAUGCUCUGAAGCGUCAGGGUCGCACUCUGUACGGUUUCGGAGGAAGAGUUUUGACUUCAGUCAUGGCAAGGACAAAGCAGACCGCUCGUAAAUCCACCGGAGGCAAAGCGCCCAGGAAGCAGCUCGCUACUAAAGCUGCCCGUAAGAGCGCCCCAGCUACCGGCGGUGUGAAGAAGCCUCAUCGUUACAGGCCCGGUACCGUAGCGCUGAGAGAAAUCCGCCGCUAUCAGAAGUCCACUGAGCUGCUGAUCCGUAAGCUGCCUUUCCAGCGUCUGGUGAGAGAAAUCGCCCAAGACUUCAAGACUGAUCUGCGCUUCCAGAGCUCCGCCGUCAUGGCCCUGCAGGAGUCCAGCGAAGCUUAUUUGGUCGGUCUGUUUGAGGACACAAAUCUGUGCGCCAUCCACGCCAAGAGGGUCACCAUCAUGCCCAAAGACAUCCAGCUGGCCCGCCGCAUUCGUGGAGAACGUCCUGUAGGCAACUGCAAAGUCCUGUUUCACAGCACUGAGCAAAUUCAAGUCGGCCGUUACUCCAAAGAGGGAGGUAACGUUACAGUUUUUCGACUCCAAAGCAGCCAACCUCUCCUCCAUGGACAGCAACCUGGAGUUUACUACGGCAAACUGCUCAUUCACAUUGGCAAACUGCUCAUUCACAUUGGAAGUAAGCAGAUCAAGCUGACGAGACAGUCCACUCAAAGCAUUCAGCAGUUUACUCUCAUCGGAGGCAACGGGAAAGGAAUUGUCAUUAUCGGCCAUGACAGAGACCAGCAACACUAUGUAUUCAAAUCUCUCUGUUCAUUAUCUGAAUGCAUUCAACACCGCUAUCACUAUAUAAGCAGGAAUAUGAACUGGACUGAAGCUCAGAGAUACUGCAGAAAGACCUACACAGAUCUGGCCACAGUCGACAACAUGAACGACAUGAAACAGCUGAUGAGACAACUGAAUAAAAAUAUGAAAGUCUGGAUUGGACUUUAUAGUAAAACUGAAGUGGUCUAUGGGAGACAAGCAAAGGAUACGUCUAUGAAACUUCUAAUAAAACUUGGAGAGACGCUCAGAGUUUCUGCAGACAGCAUCAUACUGAUCUGGGAGGUCAAAAUAGAAAAUCAGGGUCAAUGGAAUGAUGCGGGUUGUCAGUACCAUAAGACUUUUGUCACUUUUGUGUGUCAUGAAGAUAAUCUGGUAUUGAUCAAUCAGAGUCUGAGCUGGUCUGAUGCUCUGAGUUACUGUAGACAGAAUCAUGUGGAUUUGGUUUCGGUUGAUUCAGAGGAGAUUCAGCGCUGGGUGUCAGGAUUGGUUCAACAGGCCUCUACUCCAGAGGUGUGGUUGGGGUUACGUCACUCCUGUGCUCUGGGCGUUUGGUUCUGGAUGAAUGGACAGAUGGUUUGCUAUCAGAAUUGGGUGAACAGUACAGUAGAUAAGAGCUGUGACACUACAUUAUUGCUACACGAAGUUGAAAUCAUGUCAGGAAGAGGCAAAGGCGGUAAAGGACUCGGUAAAGGAGGCGCUAAGCGUCAUCGCAAGGUUUUGCGUGAUAACAUCCAGGGAAUCACCAAACCCGCCAUCCGUCGUCUCGCUCGUCGUGGUGGAGUCAAGCGUAUCUCCGGUCUGAUUUAUGAGGAGACCCGCGGUGUGUUGAAGGUGUUUUUGGAGAACGUUAUUCGUGACGCCGUCACCUACACUGAACACGCCAAGAGAAAGACCGUCACCGCCAUGGAUGUCGUCUAUGCUCUGAAGCGUCAGGGUCGCACUCUGUACGGUUUCGGAGGUUAAACGCUUAAAAUCCAC